UGGAGAGAAGGAAACCGAAAGCAGUGUUCAUGGCCUUCGGCACUAAAGGCGAUGUCUACCCUCUUGCUGCCAUUGCUGCAGCUUUUGCUUUUGACCAGAAACAAUACGAUGUGAUUCUAAUGACUCAUUCCGCACACGAGAGCUUAAGUCCUCACUUGGCUGAAAAACAUGUUGAGUAUUGCCCAAUUUCAUCACCCCCAGUUCUUUCUGCUGAUCAGAAUAAUGAUAUUGAAGGGAAAGCAGAGUCAUCCUUUUUAAUGCAGAAAAGGAAAAUUGCCAGAUAUCAUAGACGAGAAUGCUAUUCUUUAAUUGAAAGGAUAUUUGGAGAUGGCCCAAGCUUGGACAGUGAUCUUAUUUUGAUAAAUUUUUUUGCUUUGGAAGGAUGGAGCCUUGCAGAAAGUUUUUGUGUCCGUUGCAUUGUAGCUGCACCUUAUGUUGUUCCAUACAGCGCACCUGCAACAUUUGAAAGCCAAUUCCAAAGAGAACUUCCUCUUUUGUAUAAAUACCUCAUUGAAGCUCCUUCUGGUAAGGUCUGCUGGAAGGAUGUGAUUCAUUGGAUGUGGCCUCUUUUCACAGAAAAAUGGGGAUCAUGGAGAAAUGAUGACUUGCAUCUGAGUCCAUGUCCAUUUACUGAUCCAGUAACAGGCAUUCCUACUUGGCAUGAUAGGCCACAAUCUCCUCUUGUGAUGUAUGGUUUUAGUAAAGAAGUUGUUGAAUGGCCUGCAUAUUGGCCAUCAAAAGUGCGGGUCUGUGGUUUUUGGUUCCUCCCUACUGAAUGGCAGUUUACAUGUAAGAAAUGCAGAGAAAUUUCAGUAUAUAAUUUAUCAGAACAUCAAUAUGCUAAUGAUGAGUUAUGUCCCAGUCAUUUAGAGUUGCAAAACUUUAUAAAGACUACACCAAUUUUUAUUGGGUUGAGUUCUAUUGGAAGCAUGGGUUUUUUAAAAGACCCUCAUGCAUUUAUUUGUGUUCUUCAGACUGUCCUGAACACCACAAAUUACAGAUUUAUUCUCUUUACAUCUGGAUAUGAACCUUUAGAAUCAGUGGUUCGUAUGAUUGCUGCUGAAGAAGCAUCAUUUGACUGGAAAAAUUGGGGCGAAGAUUGUGUUCCGCUAUUCAAUGGGCGACUCUUGUGCUUUUCUGGUUCCAUACCGUAUGGUUGGCUUUUCCCAAAAUGUGCUGCUGUGAUUCACCAUGGAGGCAGUGGAACUACUGCUGCUGCAUUACAGGCAGGCACACCACAGGUAGUGUGCCCUUUUAUACUAGAUCAGUUUUAUUGGGCUGAGAGAAUGUAUUGGCUUGGUGUUUCGCCUGAACCGCUCAGUAGAAACCAUUUGCUUCCUGAUAAAAAUGAUGACGGUAGUGUCCAGGAAGCUGCACGUGUACUAUCACCGGCAAUACAUGAUGCAUUAUCAUCAAGAGUCAAAGCACAUGCUGCAGAAAUUGCUGAAAGAAUAUUACUUGAGGACGGUGUAUCUGAGGCAAUUAAGUACCUCAAGGAAGAGCUGGGUUUAAAUUGAGAUAUUGGGGACAAUUUAAAUGUUCCAAGAAUUCUCUCGUGCUUUUCUUCGCCAUUAAUUAAAAUUCAUGGUGUUAUGUUGCCAACUCAGCUCAGGAGCUGACAGCAUUGGAGACGUUGGGAUAUUUUGAUAGACAGAGAGUUUGGUCGGCCAAAUUUAAUUAUCUCUUUGAGACUUUCUCGAUAUUUUCACAAACUGUAACAAAAAGUCAAAUUCUGAUCAGAAUCAGUACAAGUAAACGUACUUUUGUCAAAUUCUAGGUCCACAUAAGGAGUUACUUACUUUUGUCAAUUGGUUCGUUACAUUCUCAGAACUUUUUUUUUUUUAAUAUACU